AUGCCCUCCCUUCCGCGUAUCCCGUGCCUUCAACCUCUCACCCUCGUCUCCGCCGGUGGUGUGUUCGUCGCAGAUGUGGUAACAACAACUUCGCACGUCGCUCCGAGUGUAACCGAUGCGGCACCGCGCGUCCUGCCGGAGCUGGCGGGGGCGGUGGAGGCGGAGACUUCGGCGGAGGCGGAGGCGGAGGGUUUGGCGGAGGAGGCGGGCGCGGUGCUCCGCCCGCUCGACCCGGCGACUGGGAUUGCUCGGGUUGCGGAAACAACAACUUUGCCCGCCGCGCCGAGUGCUUCAAGUGCGGUACUGCGCGCCCCGCCGACGCGGGCGCUGGCGGCGGUGGCGGCGGCGGCCGCGGAGGGCGGGAGGGGGAGGAUCGGUAUGGUGGCGGAAGAGACGACAGGGGGAGUGAUCGCUACGGUGGGGGAAGAGGGGACGAUAGGGGCAGGGGGGACGACAGGGGCAGGGGGGACGACAGGGGUAGGGGGGAUGACCGCGGGAGAGAUGACAGGGGAAGGGGGGACGAUAGGCGCGGGGGGGAUGACAGGCGCGGCGGGGACUACGGGUCCCGCGGAGGGGGAAGGGGGGAGUACGACCGCGACGGGGGGCGUGGGGAUGGGGGGCGGGGCGGCGGAGAUAUUGGCGGGCGCGUUGGGGGAGAUUAUGCGCGGGACGACAGGGGCGGUGGCGGCGGGGGAGGGGGAGGGGGCUCCGCAGGCGGGGGAGGGGGAUAUGGGGAGGACGCUGGGGCGGACAGUGGGGGCGGGGGGGGGAGCGCCGGGGGUGAAGCAGUGCGACGAGAAUUGCCCCCCGGAUUGCGACAACGCGCGGAUUUAUAUUUCCGGGAUGCCCAAGGACGUCACAGUCGACGAGCUGUGCAACCUGUUCGGCGGCAUUGGGAUGGUGAGUGGUGGUGAGAUCGCGCGCAUCAAGCAGAAGCGCGGGUACAAGGACCAGUGGCCGUACAACGUGAAGCUGUACACGGACGAGAGAGGGCAGAACAAGGGCGACGGUGUUCUCACCUACGAGGACCCGCAGGCAGCCCACAGUGCUGGUGGCUUCUUUAAUGGUCACACCCUGCGUGGCAGCACUAUCAAAGUGGGCAUGGCGGAGAAGUCGGCACCGAGGCCAGGAGGAGGAGGCGGACGAGGAGGUUUCUUCACUCUCCCUUCGCUUCUCUCGCCAUCACCAUUCCUCCGCCCCUCCUCCCUCCUCCCUCACUUCAGUCUCCUCCCUCGCUCCUUGCACUCCCCUCCACUCCUCUCUCUCUCAUCCCUUCCCGUGUGUCCUGUGCACCCGUGUUUGUGUGCUCCCCGUUUUUUUCUGUGCCCGUGUGCUAUUGCAGUGGAGGUUUCAGGGGAGGUCGAGGGGGGUUCGGAGGAGGAGGGGGCUUUAGAGGGGGAGGAGGGCCGGACCGCAGGGACUUUGACAGGGGAAGGCCCCGCCCCUACUAAUAGGGGAUGA